AUCCACUGCAUGUUAUUCGUUAUUAUUCGCAGGAAUCGCAGGCCCCACUGCGAUCCAAGGACGUUGUACUUUGCUGGCGAUCAUUUACAUUUAUUUCAUUUUUCAUUCAGUGUUUGUGCAGUGAAUAUAAAAAGGUUUUCGGAGUUUUCCGCUUUUCCACCUGCAUUACUAUGAUUUAUGCAGGUAGAAAUAAGUUUGAGUCAAUCGGUACAGAAAAUAGAGAAGAAAGUAAUCAAGAUGGUAACAGAGAAGAUGGUGAGGCCGAUUCUGGCCGUUGGUGGCUACACAAAUACAAAAAGCACCCUGAAAAAUCACCCAGGAAUAGGAAUAGUACCAGUCAAGAAGCAUGUUCUAGUAGUACCAACAUUUCCACUGAAAAUAUAGACACUGGUAAAGGUACACCAAGUACACCAAAAGCAAUGCAUGUUAGAUCACGAUGUAAUCCAUCUGUAGUUAGGGAACAGUUAAACAAAGUGUUCGUUGAAGAUGAGGCUCCGAUCAACAAAAAGUUGCCAAAAGAACUGUUGCUACGAAUUUUUUCCUACCUAGAUGUUGUUUCACUAUGUAGAUGUGCUCAAGUUUCGAAAGCAUGGAAUAUUUUGGCUCUUGAUGGCUCAAAUUGGCAACGAAUUGACCUAUUUAAUUUUCAGAAGGAUGUAGAGGGCCCCAUCAUCGAGAACAUAUCGCGCCGGUGCGGCGGCUUCCUGCGCCAGCUGUCCCUCAGGGGCUGCCAGUCCAUAGCGGACGGCUCGAUGAAAACGCUCGCCCAGCUCUGCCCCAACGUGGAGGACCUCAACAUGAACGGCUGCAAGAAGCUCACCGACCACACGAGCACCGCCCUCUCCAGACACUGCCCCAAGCUGCAGAGGAUCAAUCUCGACAGCUGCGCCGCCAUCACCGACAAUUCACUGAAGGCGCUGAGCGAUGGGUGUCAGAAUUUGACGCAUGUUAAUGUCAGUUGGUGCAGCAACAUAACUGAGAAUGGAGUUGAGGCUUUGGCGAGAGGAUGUCCGAGGUUGAAGAGUUUUAUCAGCAAGGGCUGUAAGCAGAUAACUUCGCGAGCUGUCAUUUGUCUGGCGAGGUUUUGUCAACAGUUGGAAGUGGUUAACUUGCAAGGGUGCAACAAUAUAAGAGACGAAGCUGUCCAAUCGCUAGCAGACAGAUGCACUAGGCUACAUUACUUAUGUCUCUCGGGAUGCUCGGCACUCACUGACACCGCACUGAUAGCCUUGGCCUCGAAUUGUCAUCUUCUCUCCACUCUAGAGGUAGCAGGAUGUUCACAGUUCACGGAUAUGGCGUUUCAAGCUUUGGCGCGAAACUGCAGAUAUCUGGAGAAAAUGGAUUUGGAUGAAUGUGUUCUGAUUACUGAUGCAACGCUCAUUCACUUGGCAAUGGGAUGUCCUAGGAUCGAAUAUUUGACUUUGUCACAUUGCGAACUGAUAACGGACGAAGGAAUUCGUCAUCUAUCGAUGUCCCCCUGUGCCGCCGAGAAUCUGACUGUCCUCGAAUUGGACAACUGUCCGCUGGUCACUGACGCCUCCCUCGAACAUCUCACGUCGUGUCACAACUUACAGAGAGUAGAGCUCUACGACUGUCAGCUCAUCACUAGAAAUGGAAUUAGAAGACUUAGGAACCACUUACCAAAUAUAAAAGUACACGCUUACUUUGCCCCAGUGACGCCUCCACCAACAGCUGGCGGCAGCCGUCAAAGGUAUUGCAGAUGCUGUAUCAUAUUGUGAGAAAACUGCCCCUCUGGAUCCCAUGGUCAUGAUAUACCACCUGCGUAACGUUAUGUGUUCAACAGGCUAUCUGUAGUAUCAGUAGUUCGAAUGAUGUAAGGCAUUUUUCAGAUGUUCAAGACUGAUCUCUCUUGAAGGGGAGUAAUAGAAAUGAUGGACUGAAGUUUUCAAAUUGAAAGGAAUUGUAUGCAAUUUAUUUAUUUCAAGCUUUAGAAGUCGCCCUUCUGAUAGGGGUCGUCGAAAGGUCGUAAUUCUUCGUAUUCGUAAUUGUAUAGCCAGCCAGGCACCAGCCCUAAUGCCAAAUGGGUUUGAAUUUCAUUAGAAAAAACUGUAGAUCCCUCAUCAUCUCAACUGGCACAAGCCCUUCAAGGGCUUCUGAAUUUUUUUCGGUAACUGAGGUGAUGAGUUACAACUUUCAAUGCCACUUUAUUCAAUUUUACUUCAUUUUGCUUGAAACACUUCUUUUGUCUCCUUCCGUUUCAAUGUAACUUCACUUCAAAGAACGAACGGAAACAGAUUUUAGAUGAACAUCCCAAGACAAUAUGUGGCAAUCUCUCACACAAAAUUCAACCACUUUGUUACUUCAUAUGAAAAAAACGGUUCAACAGUGCUGUCCCCAACCUCUGUUCAAAGGUGAAUAUCGGAAUCUCGGCAGAGUUGUAUUUUUUUGAAAAAGUGUAUCCUCCCUGAAUUCUCGUGCUCAAAAUGUUUUGUAUCAUUUGAAGAGGGUUGUGAAGAAUGAUGGUGAAUACAUGGGUGCCAUAAGGGGCAGUUUUAAACUGUAAAUUGAUGUAACUAAUCUAUUAUUAUUAUUCAUUGUCUAGAUGCCUUUCAAACGAUAUCAGCUGAGUCUAGGUGAAUAUUUUCCAAGUAAUCCUGUUGAAAUUGAUUAUACAGGGUGUUUCCGAAAUUGAAACGAUACAUACAUUGGAUGAAUUAAAAAAGUAAUGAAAGCAUGCAAAUGUAUUUUGGACGAUAUUGAAUUUUGAAGUUUGUUUGGAACUCUUGUAAAUUAUUUUGAGUGCAUUUUUUUAUCAUGUUUUCUUGCAUUUCAGUAUAUUUUAUUAUCUUUUUGGAAAUACCAAGUAUAACGAUAGUUCUUUUAUUACUCAUCAUUGAUUAUAUGUUGAAUUCUGCGUUCGAAUUGAAGUUGUCAACUUUUCGGGUGACCCUAAAGAAUAUUCUCAAUUUUGAAUACAUCGUGAUUUGUUACCUAAUUAAAUCGUAAAGCGUGUGUUAUAAGGGCUAACAUUUUGCAGUGUCACCAGUUGGCGUUACUAGAGUCUGAGGUUUAUGUCAAAGUCAAAAGUUCAGAAAAAUCUAUCGGAUAGCCCUGGGGGAAAUAAUGUUACCUAUGUAAACAAACAGAAAAGCUGAAGUUAUAGUUAGACUUUUUCAAUUUCGCCUUUUUUACUCUCAUCGUGGAACUUGAGGAAGGUAUCGUAGGAAAAGGAUAAAUGAAACGAAGAGAAGAAGUAUAUAUCUAUCAUUCGCCUUCCGGCCGUUUCAAAAGACAGGUUAAGUUAAUUAACGUUAGGUUAAUGUUUGUGAGUGUGAGUUUGACACCCUAAUAGAGCACAAUACUUACUUGGUAUCGCUCCAGGAUGCUCGAAAAACAAAACCCUUAUUAUUUACGCCGGUAACCAGGCCAGAUGGAGACGGAUUCUCCGUAUUAAGGAAUGAUGUGG